CGGGCGCCUAUAUAGCGCCGAGCGCCCGGCCGAGCGCCUCCAAACCUCGUGGAGAGCUCCGAGCGCGCGCGCCCUGCCCUGCCGAGCCCCGGACAGCCCCGCCGCCGGCCUCUCACACCUAUCAAGAAGAGUCCCAGCAAUAAAGAUCUCAGAACAGAAAGGGAGACAGCCACAAAGCGCUCGACGUCGUCGGAAUCGGAACCUGACACCACGUCAAUUGAAUCCUCAGCAGAAGAGGCUCAGCCCAAAGACGCCAUGAAGACUCACAACCAAAGCUCACAACCUGUGCUGGGAAGCUCUCCCUCAGAAGUCAGUGGGAAAGGCACCCCGGGCCCCGAGCCAAACAAGCAUAGAGGAAUUAGAGGCAAAAUAAUCGAUGCCUUGUACCCCCUUGCUGUUGGGAGAGCUAAAAUAAAACACAAGAAGAACAGGAAACAGGAAGAAAGCAAGCCCAUCACAGCUGAUCAAAUCAGAGAGCUCAUUCAUGAGAAGAAGUUAUUUGAAGCUGGUCAGCAUCUCCUCGUGAUAGAGAAGGAGUCGUACGACGAGAAGAGCGAAGGAGGGACCAGGGUGGAUCGGAGUGAGAUCGAAGCUCUUUAUGACCUUUUGAAACAGCAAGCCCUCGCCGUUAUAAAGACUUCUGUCAGAAUAGCACCCACGAAUCCAGAGCUGCUUCAGAACACUGUGAGAGCCAUCACGGAGCAAGUGAAGGAGGACGAAAGAGCUGCAUUGGAAGAGGCAUCGGGGAAAGCUUCGAGUCCUCGGCCUAGAAAAUGGAAGGAAGCUUGGAAGAAGACAAUCCAGGAGUCUGUUGCCGAGCGCAUGCAAGUGCCUUCUUUCGAUGUUGUCGACGGCCUCUCCGCAACAGCUCAGAGCUUCCUGCACAUGGGGAAGACCAUGAAAGACGAUCUCAUCUUGGUGGUGCAGCAUAUUAAGCCGCAUUACUCCAAGGAUUUUCAAGUGUGCUGCGUUUACGCUGAGUGCUACUACCAGUUGUUCUCCUCCCAGCUGGAGGCGAUUGCUGAGUUUGAACUGAGCGGUGGAGACAAUACCCUCCUGCUCACAUGGGUGCAGAACAUUUAUCCAAAUGAAAUAAAAAACCAUCCUGUCCUAGUGAAAGAUCUGGAAGAAGCCAACCUAGGAAGCCUUUUGGUGUUGAAACAGAUUAAGCAUCUUGAGGAGACUUACCUCAUUAAUGAGUCGGAGUUUCUUAAGGGCUGCCUGGCCAGAUGCUUGGAAAUGGAAGUCACAAGGUGGAGGCAAGGCAGGGAACCGGAGAAGCUGCAUGGUCAUUUUCACAGUGAACUGCGAAUAGAUGCCAUCCAGGCUGUGUACGGAGGACAAAAACGCGCCAAAGACAUCACACCAGACCUGGGCAAACAAAUCGUACCGCUGCUUCUGGUGGAAUUCUCGACCUUCCUGCAAAACUACAAGAAGGAGCUGGAACGCUUCACUCGGGAGAACAGACUGAACCGAUAUUUCGAGGCGACUGUCAUCGCGAACAUUAACAACUGUCUGAGUUUUCGAAACCACGCUGAAGAAAGCAUGAGACCGGGUCAAGAUAAUACCAACCAACAGAUUUUUACUGUACUUAACGACAUUCAAAACGCAGGGUUUGAUGUCCUUCUUCAAGGCUUGUUUCAAGAACUGCAGCCUCUUUUUAAAAUGAUCAACCAGAAAACGUGGUUCUCCUGCACGGAAAUUAUGAACAAAAUCAUCGCCUGCACCAGCCGCCACAUGUCAACAUUCCAGACUCUUGAAGAGCCUUUUCAAAAGGCCAUCGUGGGGAAAAUCCAUCUCCAUUUGGUCCAAGAAUACAUUACCAGGCUUGUAAAAAAGAAAGUCAGCUUGAAGACUGCGGAACAGCAAAACAACUUGUCAAAGAUAAUCCACAAAAAUGCUUCACUUUUGCACACUUUCUGCACAGAAAACGGAUCCAAUGCCACAUGGCUGAAUCCUGUACUCCCAAGCCUGGCUGAGAUCAUCAAGCUUCAAGAUACAAACGCCAUCAUGAUCGAAGUUGGGGGACUUGCCAGCAGCUAUCCCGAUAUGAGCAAAAAGCACUUGUCGGCCAUCUUGUACUUCAAGGGCAACUUAUCUAGCAGCGACACCAAAGGCAUCCUGAGUGUCUUGGACAUCCAUUUAAGCACAAGGUUCCCUCCCGCAUCCCUGUUCUCAGCCAUCAAACCUUCCUAGACUUGGGCUAUGCCAGUUUCCUACUGAGCAGCGUUGCCAUUCAGGGAGACCUGCUUUCAGCAACAGCACAAGCACUGAGUUCCAAACACGACUCUCGGGGGUUCUUUGAAAUCGCCCCAGUUCGGGAGGCAGAAGCGGUUUGUCCUUCGAUGUCCCCCAGAAAAAAGCCGGGAUGGGGCUGAGGCCUUGUGGCUCAUUGCCUGAAAGAGAAGAACCAUCAGCCUCCUGGCAGGUCUGGAACGUUUCCUCUACUGCCUCGGUUUUCCCAUCUAGGAAAUGGACACAGAUCUCUCCUCUAGGCAGUACGGAUCCCAUGUGAUAAGAUGCUUUCAUUUUUGUACAGUUUGUUAGAGCACUUUUAGGAGAAAUUCAGUAUUUGCAUCAGGUUUCUCCUUUGUGGGGGUGGGCGAUUCCUUUAUAUUGGAGGGACAAGUGAAUAGCAUUUCUGGAUACGUGCUUAUUGAGAUUUUCCAGCAGAAAUGUUCAGGGGCUUCGUCCUUGGGAGACAAGCCCUUCUAAACUAUAGACAAGCAGCUAUGAAAAGUAGAAUGGUCUGACUCUGGUGAAUGUGAGAAGAAAACAAAGGCUCAUUCCGCACAUGCAGAAUAAUGCACUUUCAAACUGCUUUCAGUGCUCUUUGAAGCUGUGCAGAAUAGCAAAAUCCACUUGCAAAAGUUGUGAAAGUGGUUUGAAAACGCAUUAUUUUGCAUGUGUGGAAGGGGCCAGAGUUUUGCUCAGCGGUCUGAUCUGGCAAUGGUGGAAGGGCCUAGUGCGUUGGGUUCAUAUCUCCUGCUGUGGAACUUGCUGGGUGAUCUUGGGCCAGCUACUCUGAACAUCUCACCCUAACCUACCUCACAGGAUUGUUGUGAGGGAACCAGUGGGAUCGGCCUUCUUGAGCUGCUUGGAGGAGAAGAAUGCAGUUGUUAAUAAUAUCAUCAGUCUCUUUCUAGAACAGUUGCAAAAUAUGAACACAUCUCUGUAUGCCAGUCUAGUGGUUAGGUUGUUGGGUUAGGAUCUGGGUUCGAAUCCCAACUCUUUCUCAGAAGCUUGCUGGGUGACUUUGGGCCAGUCACUCUCACUAAGCCUAACUUAUCUUUGUGAGGAUGAAAUGGAGGAGAGGUGAACAAUAAAAGCCGCUUUUGAGUCUCCAAUGGAAAGAAAGAUGUGGUAUUAAUGAAGUAAAGGAAGAUGUGGUAUUAAUUAAGUUAGUACAUAUCCUCUAAUUUCUGCUUUUCAGAGCAGGUCAGUGUUUUUAUACCCACUUUUACUGCUGUUUUCUAGUUCAAAUUAUUGUGAGUCUUCUUGAGGAUUUGUCCGGGAGAUGUGGCUUAAAUAAAUAAAACGCUUUUCUAUCAAA